UCUACACAUCGUCACAGGUAAAGAAGUAUUCACGUCAGCAGCACCGGAUACAGGGACAUAAAUAAACUCUUUACCGUCCAAAAUGAUGGAAGAUGAGGAAUUAGAGUUUGUGGAAGAUUUGGAGGCGAUAUUGCACCUUACUCCAGAAGUGCAGUUGGCGAUUGAGCAGGUUUUCCCCAGUCAAGACCCCUUGGAUCGAGCUGAUUUCAAUGCUGUUGAAUACAUUAAUACCUUGUUCCCAACAGAACAGUCAUUGGCGAAUAUAGACGAUGUGGUGAAUAACAUACGCCUUAAAAUCAGACGAUUGGAUGACAACAUCAGGACAGUGGUGAGGGGACAGACUAAUGUGGGACAGGAUGGCAGACAGGCGCUGGAGGAGGCGCAGAAAGCCAUCCAGCAGCUCUUUGGCAAAAUCAAAGACAUCAAAGACAAAGCGGAGAAAUCGGAGCAAAUGGUCAAGGAGAUCACACGGGACAUCAAGCAGUUGGACCAUGCAAAGCGUCACCUGACAACCUCUAUAACUACCCUCAAUCACCUGCACAUGCUGGCCGGCGGAGUGGACUCCCUCGAAGCUAUGACUCGAAAGAGGCAGUAUGGGGAGGUGGCCAACCUCCUUCAGGGUGUGGUCAAUGUACUGGAGCACUUUCAAAAGUACAUGGGCAUCCCGCAGAUACGCCAGCUUUCAGAGAGGGUUAAAGCAGCACAAAGCGAGCUUGGUACACAGAUAUUGGCUGAUUUUGAGGAGACUUUUCCUGCACAGGGGUCAAAGAAAUCUGGAGGUCCUAGCAUUGUUCUCCGAGAUGCCUGCUUGGUAGCAAAUGUCCUGGAUCCUCGUAUUAAGCAAGAGAUCAUCAAAAAGUUCAUCAGACAACACCUUUCUGAAUACCUAGUGCUCUUCCAGGAGAACCAGGAUGUGGCAUGGCUUGACAAGAUAGACCGCCGCUAUGCAUGGAUUAAACGCCAGCUAGUAGACUAUGAAGAGAAGUAUGGGCGAAUGUUUCCCGAGGAGUGGUGCAUGACAGAACGCAUCGCAGUAGAGUUCUGUCAUAUAACCAGAACCGAACUGGCUAAGCUGAUGAGAACCCGUGCCAGGGAGAUUGAGGUCAAACUUUUGCUCUUUGCUAUUCAGAGGACCACCAAUUUCGAAGGACUGCUGGCUAAGCGUUUCUCAGGCUGCACCUUGAACAACGGGCCCGGGCAGAAAAAAACAGAGACACCUCUAGAACCAACAAACCCAUUUCUGGAGGAUGAGUCUGGAGAGGACAACGUGUCAGAAAAAGAUGGAGAUUUUGACAGACCAAAGAAGCCCAAAGCUCCAGAUAACCCAUUCCACGGCAUUGUGUCCAAGUGCUUUGAACCUCACCUUUACGUUUACAUCGAAUCGCAGGAUAAGAAUCUUGGAGAGCUGAUAGAUCGUUUUGUAGCAGAUUUCCGGUCGCAGGGUCCCCCUAAAUCGGGCACAGAUGAGGGUGGUGCUGUGCUUCCCAGCUGUGCUGAUCUGUUUGUGUACUACAAGAAGUGCAUGGUCCAGUGUUCACAACUGAGCACCGGGGAACCCAUGAUCGCUCUGACCACCAUCUUCCAAAAGUAUCUGCGUGAAUACGCCUGGAAGAUCCUCUCUGGAAACCUACCCAAGACCAGCACAAAUAGCGGUGGUCUGACCAUCACCAGCUUGCUUAAGGAGAAAGAAGGCUCAGAAGUGGCUAAGUUCACCACAGAGGAGCUCUGCCUCAUCUGCAGUAUCCUCAGCACAGCCGAAUACUGCCUGGCUACCACGCAACAGCUGGAGGAGAAACUUAAAGAGAAGGUGGACGCAUCUCUAAUAGAGAGAAUCAACUUAACUGGGGAGAUGGACACCUUUAGCACCGUUAUCUCCAAUAGUAUCCAGCUCUUGGUUCAGGACCUGGAUGCUGCGUGUGAUCCAGCCCUCACAGCUAUGAGCAAGAUGCCGUGGCAGAGUGUGGAACAUGUGGGAGACCAAAGCCCUUAUGUGACCUCUGUAAUCAUGCACAUCAAACAAAACGUGCCCAUCGUCAGAGACAACCUGGCUUCCACACGCAAAUACUUCACCCAGUUCUGCAUUAAAUUUACCAACUCCUUCAUUCCAAAGUUCAUCAACCACCUGUUUAGGUGUAAGCCCAUAAGUAUGGUUGGAGCAGAGCAGCUUUUACUGGACACUCAUUCACUUAAGACAGUUUUGCUAGACCUCCCUUCCAUCGGCUCUCAGGUGGUCCGUAAAGCCCCGGCAAGCUACACCAAGAUAGUGGUUAAGGGAAUGACUCGGGCAGAGAUGAUCCUCAAGGUGGUCAUGGCCCCUCAUGAGCCGUCAGUGGUCUUUGUGGACAACUACAUCAAGCUUCUUGCUGAUAGCAAUCCUGAGACUUUCCAGAAGAUUUUGGAUAUGAAGGGCCUGAAACGGAGCGAGCAGAGUAGUAUGCUGGAGCUUUUCAGACAGAGGUUGCCCACUCCCCCAUCAGGAUCGGAUGGUGGUCCAUCAAUGUCUUUCAGUGCCCCAACCCCUGAACAAGAAUCCUCACGCAUCCGCAGACUGGAAAAGCUCAUCAAAAAUAGAAUUCAAUGAAUCAGCGUGAGCUUUAUUCACUUUAAUUUGCACACCCUUCUGCAUUUCUGCUAAGGUGUGAGAAAAUGUGUACACUUUAAUGCUAAACAUGGAAAUAAGGUGUAAAUAUUACUAUGUAUCUCCUGUUUGCAUUUAUGUUCUCUUACUGAUGAUCAGUGUGUAGUUUUGGAGGUAUACGUUUUUAUGACGUGAGUUACUGUGAGCCUUCAAUGCAUUAUGAUAUUUCCUCUAACUGCAGCAUAUUGGUGGCAUGAAUGAGCGAUUAUGCCUUUCUCUGCUCCAUUUUACAACACUAAAAGCCUUUCAUAGUGUACGUCAAUAACUUUGUUUUAUGUUUGCACUUGAAGCUAAUACAAAGGACAGGGUGGGCCGGAUAAAUAACCUGCUGGUUCUCCAGCACAAAGUCUUCUGGAGAGGGAUUUCCAAACAUUAAAAAGUGAUUUAAAACCAACGUUGUGUAAUUGUCCACUCACUGUGCGCAAGUGAAAUGGGAGUUCACAUAUUACAAGGUCUCCAGGUUAAGUCUUGGGGACUUCACAACAAGGAGCUUGGGAUUUCCUGUCUCCCGCUAAAAUGACAAACCAGUUGUUUUGGCUUUUAAAAUGCUUUCCCAGGUUUGCGUCAAAAGAAGUAUGUUGUAGAUGUUGUAACCCUGCAGGAGCUGUAAAGAAGAAAUAUUUACCAGUCGCGCUUUCCUGAAGCAGAGAGAUUUUCUUUGCUAACAAUAACUGUAGUUUAUUGGAAAAUAUUGAAAUGCAGAAGUAUAAGAUGAUGAUCCAUUUUUUUUAUUUAAGUCAUCUUCUGUCCAAUUGUUUGUUUUGUCAUAAGUGCUUGGCAUAAUUUAUUAUAUAGUCUUUAUAAUAACAUAUUUCUAUGAAUAUUGGAAUCUUUGAUUUUGUUCUUAUAAGUUUGUUCUUGAUAAUUGUUGCUUCUCUGCACUUGUUUUUGUAUUUGUUAACAGGCCUCACCUGCUGUGCUUUUUACAGCCAGAACAUUGAAUGAAUGUAUGAUUUAUAUGUUGAGAAUGGGUUAAUAAGAUUGCAAUUAUAUUAAAGGAAUAGUUCACCCAAAUAUAAAAACUCAUCAUUUACUCACCCUCAAGUUGCCCCAAAGUUUUUGUUUUGCUGAACACAAAGGUAAAUAUUUUAAUGAAUGUUUGUUCGAAGAAAAACCUAGGAGGAAAAAAUAUGAAAGUCAGUGGUGCUCCAAAACUGGUUACAAGGAAUUGCAGUUAAGUAAUGAUGACAGUAUUUUCAUUUUUGGGUGAACUAUCACUUUAACAAUAAGUUUGAUGAUUAAUGUUGUUAACUGCUUUUAAUGCAAACAUUCCUGCCUUAUGUUAAUAUAAAAGUAACUUUUUUAAAACCACUGCAGAAACAAAUUCUUGUCAAUAAAAGUCUGACAACGA